AGCAAUACGCCCAUGCAUCGUCUACUCUGCCGGAAAUGAAGAAGACGAAGAAGAGAAGAAUUGGCCCAACUCGACGCAGUUUUAUCAGGCGGAUUUACUGUUGACAACACCGGGCGAACUGUUUCAGUCGGGUAACUUUAUACCAUUAAUUGUCAGCAGGGAUGAUUCUGCUCCUUGCUACCCACCUCCUCCAACAUCGCCUCCUCCUCCUCAAGUCCUCCCUUCUCCUCGUCAUCCCCCUCCUAUUCCUCACUCCUCUCCUUCGUCAGCCCUGACUCCUCCUCCCCGACAAGGAAGGCUGAGUUUUGCAGGAGCCAUGGUGGAUGUCAGUAAGUGGCCCCUGUUCUCUCUGCUUAACACUGAGGAACUAGCCACAAUUCGACAGGCCUGUGUCUUUGGAAUCUCUGCUAAUGAAGCCAUCUACAUCACACAUGGCAAUGAGGUAUUUGUGUUUGGGUUGAACAGCAGUAGCUGCCUUGGUACAGGAGACAGUCUGAGCACCAUUGUGCCAAAGAAACUGGACUUCCUGCGGGGGAAGAAGGCAGUCAGCCUGAGCUAUGGCAGCGGGCCCCACGUCUUAUUGGCUACUGAGGAUGGAAAUCUGUUUGCUUGGGGCCACAAUGGCUAUAGUCAGCUGGGGAAUGGGUCCACCAAUCAGGGACUGUCUCCGGUGCUGGUCACCGCUAACCUACAGAACAAGAAAGUGAGAGAAGUGGCAUGUGGCUCGCAUCACUCCAUGGCCCUCACUGAGGAUGGAGAGGUCUUUGCAUGGGGUUAUAAUAACUGUGGCCAAAUUGGCUCAGGCUCCACAGCCAACCAGCCCUACCCCAGGAAAGUCACUGGCUGCCUGCAGGGCAAGACUGCAGUUGGCAUCACAUGUGGACAGACCUCCUCCAUGGCUCUGGUCGACAACGGAGAGGUUUAUGGCUGGGGCUACAAUGGUAAUGGACAGCUGGGUAUUGGUAACAAUGGAAACCAGCUGACGCCUUGCCGCCUCAUUGCACUCCAAGGGCUGUGUAUUCAACAGAUUGUAUCAGGCUACAGCCACUGCCUGGCUCUAACAGAUGAGGGGCUGCUGUAUACCUGGGGAGCAAACACCUACGGUCAACUGGGAACUGGCAACAAGAGCAACCACCUCAGCCCUGUACAAAUCAUGGCUGAUAAAGAGAGGAUUGUAGAGGUCGCAGCAUGCCAUUCAACACAUACUUCAGCAGCCAAGACCCAAAGCGGGCAGGUGUAUAUGUGGGGUCAGUGUCGGGGUCAAUCCAUUGUCAUGCCGCACGUCACACACUUCACCAACACUGAUGACGUCUUCGCCUGCUUCGCCACACCCUCCAUCAUGUGGAGGCUCGCAUCUAUGGAGCAUGAUGACUUCCUGACUGUUGCGGAGGCUCUGAAGAAAGAGUUUGACAGUCCAGAAACGGCUGACCUUAAAUUCAGCGUUGACGGCAAAUGCAUUCACGUUCACAAAGCUGUGCUGAAGAUCAGGUGUGAGCAUUUCCGGUCCAUGUUUCGCUCCCAAUGGUCGGAGGAUCAGCAGGAGGUGAUAGAAAUUGGCCAGUUCUCUUACCCCGUCUACAGAUCCUUCCUGCAGUUUCUCUACACAGACACUGUUGACCUUCCACCUGAGGAUGCCAUCGGCCUGUUGGACCUGGCCACCUCUUACUGUGAAAACCGCCUGAAACGUCUGUGUCAGCAGAUCAUCAAGAGAGGAAUCACUGUCGAAAACGCCUUCACCCUGCUGUCUGCCGCCAUACGAUACGACGCAGAGGACCUGGAAGUGUUUUGUUUCAGGUUUUGUGUAAACCAUCUGACUCAGGUGACUCAGACUGGAGCCUUCUGGCAGGUGGACGGCGCAAUGCUCAAGGAGUUUAUCAGCAGAGCUAGCCGCUGCGGAGCCUUCAAGAACUGAGUGGUACACUUACGUUUUUACAAUUUAUAAAUGAUAUUCUGGCCAAGUGGAUGUGGUUGUGCUCAGAGUGUAGCAGCACUGGUGCGUCACUGCUCCAAAAAUAUCAGUUCCGAUCACAUUCCUAUAAAAAAGCGAAGGCCCUUUCUUUGAAAUGUUGAUUUACAUAUUUACUGAAGCACAUGUUGGCACAUAAGCAGCAUCAUUCACAAGAUGUUGGGCUGGAAUUUAAGCUCCAAUAUCCAUGGAUCUGAAAUCAGCACUUUGGCCAAUUCCUGUGGUCAUGGCGUCUUUAUCUGUCAUUGUAUUGUAUUCUUUACAAGCUGUAUGUAUACUUGAAUUUUUGUUUGUUUUCUUGCCCAGUGCUUACAUGUCCUGACAUGUCUUCCUUUACUUCUGGAAAAGUUAAUAUAGGAGACCAAAAACAUGGAAGGAAUAGAAAACUAGUUCAAAGAACAGAGUCUGUGUCUUUGUUAGGGAACUGAAGAGAUCUUUUGUUAAAAGAGCUUAGAUAACUGACUUACACUGGCCAGGACUCUUGUUACCACUGUAGUGAAACACAUCUUUGAGUUACUUUCCAUUUCUUUCAUUUUCAAUUUGCAGUCUUUGUGUUCAGGCAAAAGUAGCUCUUGGAUGUGUUGAACCUUUAAAUUUAUUGUAACUCUUGAAGCAAUUGAGUUGAUAAAGAGAAGCUGAGUCCCGUUCAGAGGCAUCAGCAUACACAGUCGAUCCAGAUCCUACUGUGGGUUGUUAUGGGUCACAUGGCUGGUUAUUUUAAGUGUUCUCUCAGCUGGUAUUCUGUACAUUUUGGAAGUUCAAAAUGUGAGAUGUAUAAUAUUUUUCUUUUUUUACUCAAGUCUGUAUUCUUUUGGUAUGUUCAUUCUGUCUGACUUUUUGCUCUAUGGCACUUUAAGAAACUACAGUUGCUUCUUCUUCGUAUUCAGUAAAACAGUAAUGGUUCAAAUGAUGUCAAACGCUGUGGAAGGGAAGACUAGAAAACUGAGUUAAUGAAUGUUGCACUAGAAACUUAGUAGCAGAUUUGUUUCCAUCCUUGCAAGUGUAAGAGUUGUAAAUUGUAUCUAAGGCAGGUGGUAUGCUACAGAUGCUUUAUAUUCCAAGAAUGACCUUAUAGUCCUUAUUAUGCUAGGACCUUCAACAAACUGAUCUAACGUGACUGUUUGUGUUUGCUAAUGUUAUUGGGGCAAAUGGAGAGGAAAAAAACAGGCAACGCCACAAACUCAGUAAGACCAAAAUGGUUCCUUAGUAAUUCCUUGGUAAUUUAUCACAUUUUCUGCAGGUUUUUCUGUAGAUACAGUGAAAAUACACUGCACUGAAGACACUGCAAGCUAAAGCACAGUAAAGUAAAGCAAAGUUUUGUUUACAUCUGUUUUUAUUUCUUGAUGUACUCAAAUGCUUGAAAGAACAUUUUUAAUUUGGUUUGAACUUGAGUAGGAUCUCUGUUUAUUUUAAAGCAGUUUCAUUCAGGUUAGAAAACAAUUACAGAUGCAUUGAGGUUAGGUGUCUGUGGUAGUUAAUGCUUUAGUGGAAUGAGGAAAAGGUUUACAGUUUUCUUGUUUUUAUAUGAAAAGCAAACUGGAAAGAAUAAGAUUGUUUGUUAUUUGCUUUGUUAAGCUUUUAUUUACACAGGACAAGUUUAUAAAACUACUGGUAAAGUCAACUUAUAUAUAUAUAAUGGUUUACUUUGUGGUGAUCAGCAUUACAAUGUUGGGAUUUGUAUGACUGUUACAUAACUGUGACAUGUUAUUUUACUUUGUUUUUUAUAUUUAGUUAUGGGAUGACAUGUUUCUGAAAGAAAGAAAUAAAUAACUACAAACUCUG